GUGCCUGCCACAGAGUUUGGUCUAGGCUUGCCAGUUCAGUUCUGGUGCUGAUUAUGAAAUACAGCCAUAUCACUGCAGUUUAUCUCAGUAACUCGUGGUGAGAUAACAUGGGAUUAGCAAUUGCUACUAUCUAGUCACCAAUUAGCUGCUUUCAGUAAACCUGGAAGUCUAGGGAUAUUUUUGAUAAAGCAAGAUCUUCAAAAAUGCUACAGAAGGGAAGAUAAUAUCUUUUGUUCUAGUGCUACAUUCUGGCCAUUGCAGACAGCUGCUGAAGAAAGGGAUAUCUAUCUUCCAGACAGGCAGGGCACUCCAAGUUGGUGCAUCCAAGUGUGGCUGCCAGAAGAGCACUGCUGAAGGUUGCAGUACUGGCUGACGUGGGCUGGUGUUUGUGGGUGGUGACACAGCAGUAUGAUACAAAACCUUCAAAACUGAGUUUAUUAUUUCACCUCUAGACUGUGUGUCCCGGCUCAUCUUUAUAGAGCAGCUGAGUACAAUAUCAGACAUUAAUUUCUCAUCUCUGCCUGGUUCCUAACUGAUAAAAGCCUGUGGCAGUAAACAGGCAUAGUAGGUCUUUUGCACUGUUAAUGGCUGUGUUGGUGAGAGAUUAAAUAAAGAGAGGCAGAGGUCAGAGGCAGAUUUACUGGGCAGAGGAGCUGAUUGUAGGAGCCAUAAUCCUCUCUUCUCCCAUUAACAUCAGCAGGUGUUUGCUCUGGGUCAUGGGAUGUGGGAGUAUUUACAUAAUUAUGCUGUCUUCCUUCCAGAUCUUGAAUGCAUCCAUCCCUGGAAGGCAUCCCUUUUCUCAAAACUGUUUGUCCAGUCAUUUGGAGGACACUGGAAUUGCAGGCAGAGGAGUGACAUACAACAUCUGUACAAGUUCUGGACAAGCACAUUGUCUCCACUAUAUCAGCUAAAGUAGAGUAGUUUAAGAUGAACUUUUUUAGAUGAACCUUUUAAGAACAGGGACAAAGGAAAACAAAUUCACACCACAAAGUAAGCAGAAGACAUUAUUAAAACAGUGGUAUAACAUGGUACAUCUGUCUGUUUGCUUUUAGCUUCUGACAUUGCAGUUACAAUUUAAAUCUAAGCAAGAUGGGGAUAUCGAUAAUGUUUAACAUGACUGCUUUACCUGGCAUGCAGUUUUUUCAGAGUAGGGCACUCACUUGCAGGAACAUCAGCCUCUGCUUUGCACAUCACAAAUACUCUGCCAAAAGAGCAAGCAGUAAGUAAUUGAUUGUGACUAAAUGGAAUGAAGGGGCCAUUGUCCUUCUUGGCUAUCAGACUCUCUGCUGGAGGAACAUCCAGGAUAGGGAAGGGGACACUGUUAAAACAGUAUUUCCCGGAGCACAGAAGAAGCAGAGACACAAAAUGGCUUUCCUAAAUGGGAUAAGGGCCCUGCUUUUACUUUCUGGCUAGCCUGUGGAUGAAGAAAUCAGGAUUCAUUUUAGUCUGUACAGUGUGCAAAAAGUGUCUGCCAGGGUUUAAUUUUGAAACCUUUUCAAAAGCACAAGAGCCUGUAAGAGAAGAAGUCAGGCAAGGGGAAGGAGGUGGAGAGUGAGUGGGUGGAAUGCAGAGAAAGUAGGAAAGAAACGGGAGAGGCUGUGUUGCGAGGACUAUGGCUUGAUCUUUGGUGGAGAGCUGAUGAACCAAGGCCUCUCAGAAAAAAAAAAAAAAAAAAAAAAAAAAAAAAAAAAAAAAAAAAAACAAACAAAAAAAAAACCUUAAUUUUCUUUCCGCACAAGUUGAAGCAUGGGCGAAUCACCUACUACAGCCACCCGGGAAAAAGGCAGCCCGCUGCCAGCCAGGUUUUCUGUCACCUCGUGGCGGGUGACCUCUCCCCGGAGCAGCGGACGCCGGCCGUUCGCAGCGCUGGGGCGGCAAGGCUGGGGUGGCAGCGGGCAGCUCCCGGUCGCUGUCCAGGGAGCGCAGAGGCGGCAGCGGGAGCUGACAGCAGGGCAGCCGCGGGGGCUUAGCCGGACAGUUCCCCAGUGAGGCCCAGGGGCACAAGCCGGGUCACGGAAUUCAGGCGCGGGGCCGCGGGACGUGCGGGGUCCCGGUCCGUCGGUGGUGCCCGAGCCCGAAGGGCGCGGGGUCCCGGUCAGGGCAGGAGCCGGGCCGGAGCCCGGGGCACCUUCCCCGCCCCGCGGGGGCCGCAGCGCGGGGGAGGAAAGGAGGGCGGAGAGCGGCGGGCGCGGGACGGGGCGCUGAGGGAGAGAGGGAGGGAGGCUGGCGGCGGGAGCGCUGCCCCGGGGCCGGGGCGGGCGGCGCUCAGGUGAAGGCAGGGCCGCCCGCCCGGGGCGGCGGUGACGCGGCUGCGGCGCGGCGGGGCUGCCCCGCGGCCCCGUGUGGCCGCCGCCGCCAGUCCCCGGCGAGGAGAGCGGCCGCGGGCUGAGCGGGGCUGCCCGGGGCGGCAUGCGGAGCCGCCGAGGAUGAGCAGCCAGCGCCGCCCGGCCAAGGCGCAGCUCCGGAGGUCGCUGAGCGAGCAGCUGAGGGACUCCACCGCCAAAGCCUGGGACUUGCUGUGGAGGAAUGUCCGGGAGCGGCGACUCGCAGAAAUCGAAGCAAAAGAAGCGUGUGACUGGUUACGUGCAGCUGGAUUUCCCCAAUAUGCUCAGUUCUAUGAGGACUCCCAGUUUCCCAUUGACAUUGCUGCAGUAAAGAAAGAUCAUGAUUUUCUUGACAAGGACCUUGUAGAACCUCUUUGCAGACGGCUGAACACACUGAACAAGUGCGCCUCAAUGAAACUCGAUGUGAACUUCCAAAGAAAAAAGAGUGAAGAUUCAGAUGAAGAAGAUCUCUGUGCUAUCAGUAAUAAAUGGACUUUCCAAAGAACGAGCAAACGAUGGUCGCGGGUGGACGACAUUGACGCUCUGCUUCACCGAUCUGACAGACAUGGCUCUUCUGGGGACAUUAAAAUGAAAAACACGACAAGCAGUGAGAGCGUCCUCACAGAUCUGAGCGAACCUGAGCUCUCAUCAAUUCACAGCGAGAGCAGUGGGGGCAGUGACAACAGGAGCCAAUCUGGCACCACCAGCGCUGCCAGGGAGGCCUGCGACUGCUCUGCCCAUCAUGAUGUGGAAAGCACGCUGCUGCAGGACUCUGCUGCAAUAAACACCGCCCCGUCCCCCAAGGACGGCCUGAAGAAUGAAAAUCCAACACGAGCCAGAGCGAAAACCUUUCUAAAACGCAUGGAGACGCUAAAAGCAAAAGCUGUGCAUGGAAAACUAAAAGGCUCGGGAAGAACAGGUCCUUUAGAGAUCAGCGGACCGGUUCUUCAGUUUGAGCCAAAAUCCUUGAAAGACAUGCACUGUGUACAGAUAGUCAAUGGUGAUCUCCAGAAUUUGGGGCAAGAUUCAGUCAAAAGAGGGCUUCCCUUUCCUGCCAAAUCCAGCAGUGACAGCAGUCAGUCCGAAAAUAGCAGCAGUGGGGUGAGCACGCCGUGUUUGAAGGAACGCAAGUGCCAUGAAGCAAACAAGAGAGGUGGGAUGUACCUGGAGGACGUGGAUGUUCUGGCAGGAACGGCCUUACGGCAAGUGGUGGACCAAAACCUCAAAAAUGAAUUUCAUUCCCAAGAGAACUUGGUUGUGCACAUUCCCAAGGAUCACAAACCAGGGACCUUCCCAAAGGCACUUUCUAUCGAAAGCCUCUCACCUACAGACAACAGUAACAGUGUAAACUGGAGGACAGGGAGCAUCUCUUUGGGAAAGCAGAACUGCUCUACUCCAAAGGAAUCCGGACUGAUGGCCUGCUGUCCUAAAGAGAGCAGAAUUAGUAUUUAUGACAAUGUGCCAGGUUCCCACUUGUAUGCUAGUACUGGGGACCUCCUGGAUAUAGAGAAAGAUGUCCUUUUUCCUCAGUUGGAUGACAUUUUGCAACAUGUCAAUGGACUGCAGGAGGUGGUAGAUGGCUGGUCAAAGAAGGUGUUGCCAGGUCUGCCGGUUGGUGAUGUGUCAGUCAGGGAAUCCCCAUCACUGCCUUUCCAGUCCCCUACACAGAUCACUCUUGAUUUUGAAGGAAACUCUGUGUCUGAUGGCCGGACCACCCCGAGCGACAUGGACAGAGAUGGAACAUCCCUGAAUGAAUCUGAAGCCACUGGUGUUAGGGACAGGAGGGACUCUGGGGUUGGAGCAUCGCUCACAAGGCCAAGCAGGCAAUUACGAUGGCAGAGUUUCCAAAUCUCUCAUCGCCUGAGCCGCUCCAUUGCAUCGCUUCACAUCAGCAACCAGUCAGCAGCCCAGCUGAAUCUACUGCAAAAAUUCUCUCUGCUUCGUCUCACUGCCAUCAUGGAAAAGUACUCCAUGUCAAACAAACAUGGCUGGACCUGGUCUGUGCCAAAGUUCAUGAAGAGGAUGAAAGUCCCUGACUACAAGGACAAGAAUGUCUUUGGUGUGCCCCUGAUAGUUCAUGUCCAGAGAACGGGGCAGCCUCUUCCCCAGAGCAUACAACAAGCCCUGCGCUACCUACGGAGCAAUUGUCUAGACCAGGUGGGUCUGUUUCGGAAAUCUGGAGUGAAAUCCCGAAUCCAGGCCCUGCGUCAGAUGAACGAGAGCUCCCCAGAAAACGUCAGCUAUGAAGACCAGUCAGCAUACGAUGUGGCUGACAUGGUCAAGCAAUUCUUCAGGGACUUGCCAGAACCUCUCCUCACAAGUAAACUAGGAGAGACUUUUCUGCACAUCUACCAAUAUGUCCCCAAGGAGCAGCGGCUGCAGGCGGUGCAGGCGGCCAUCAUGCUCAUGGCCGACGAGAACAGGGAGGUUCUGCAGACCCUGCUCUGCUUCCUCAGCGACGUCACCUCUGUGGAGGAAAAUCAGAUGACUCCCAUGAACAUCGCUGUCUGUCUGGCCCCUUCCCUCUUCCAUCUCAAUAUAGUGAAGAAAGAAAGUUCACCAAGAGUAAUACAGAAAAAAUAUGCAACAGGGAAGCCAGAUCAGAAGGACCUCAGUGAAAACCUGGCAGCUACUCAGGGACUUGCUCACAUGAUAAUGGAAUGCAACAAACUUUUUGAGGUCCCACACGAGAUGAUCACCCAAUCCCGAAACUCCUAUGUUGAUGCAGAAGUGCAUUCUCCUACCCUGGACGAGCUUGGGAAACAAGUGGAUGAGGAAGGAGGGAACUAUCAGAUGUACCUGGAAACUCUCAUGCAGAAUCUCCAGAAAGAAGCAAAAGAGAAAUUCAAAGGAUGGGUCACAUGUUCCAGUGUAGAGAACACAGAACUCGCCUACAAAAAGGUUGGGGAUGGGAACCCACUAAGGCUUUGGAAAGCCUCAGUUGAAGUUGAAGCCCCCCCAUCAGUUGUCCUGAACCGAGUGCUGAGAGAACGUCACCUCUGGGACGAGGACUUCUUGCAGUGGAAGGUGGUGGAAAGCCUGGACAAGCAGACAGAAGUUUACCAGUAUGUUUUGAACACCAUGGCUCCUCACCCUGUCCGAGACUUUGUUGUUCUCAGGACAUGGAGGACGGAUUUGCCCAAGGGGAUGUGCAUGCUGGUUGCCAUCUCUGUGGAGCAUGAAGAGGCUCCUCUCAUGGGAGCUGUGCGAGCCAUCGUGAUGGACUCCCAGUACUUGAUAGAGCCCUGUGGCUCAGGAAAAGCCAGGCUGACCCACAUCUGCAGGAUUGACCUAAAAGGACAUUCCCCAGAGUGGUACAACAAAGGCUUUGGACAUCUGUGUGCAGCAGAAGUUGCCAGGAUCAGAAACUCAUUUCAACCUCUGAUUGCUGAGGGACCAGAAACAAAAAUCUGAUGAAGGGUUCCUGGGAGCAUGUGAGCAUAAAUCAGGGUCUCGCAGGGAACAGGAAUACUGAAAGCAAAGGUCUGAUUUAAGCUGCAGAAAUCUGACCAGACGUGGGUCUGUACAAAGCUGGAAAAGGAAUUUUAUAAGAAAGUUCUUUUAUUCUGGAGACUUCACCUUUCCCCCUCCCCCACAUCCACUCUUAAUAUUAAUUUUGAUUAUUGAACUAAACAUUUCUUCAGAGAGCUUUUAUUACUUUAAAAACAGAUUAUUGCCAUUACUUGUAUGUUACAUAACUCUGGUAUUUAAAGGCUUCUAAGAAGCAUAUUUUAAUUGUAAAUAAAUAAUGUACAGUAUGUAUAUAUUUAUCUAUAUUCUAUCUAUAUAUAUGUAUAUGUAUAAAUUAAUUAUUUUGUAUAUAACUCAGUGCAAAUCACUUGCAUCAGUUGGACCUUAAGUGGACCUGUCACUUGUUUCUUAGUGUGUCACUGCUACAUAAGCUGUGUUUGCUGUUAUCACAGAGCUACCAGGCCUAAUUUGUGUGAUAACAAAUGCCUGUUCCCAAAUAUGUUUUGUGUUUGUGUGUGCUAUGAGAAGGUACCUAGAAAUAGAUGUAGGAAGAAUUACAGGAACUAAGGAAGAAGGCGGUUACAGUGCAUUUAAAAAUAAUGAGGAGGGAAUCAGUCUCACCAAAUAAAACACAUGGAGAUGCAUCUGAGACAGACAUUGUAGAGGCCUUUUAUGUUCAGCUGCAGAAUAGUGACUUUUAGUGGAAGCUGUUGAAAACUUACCUGUUGCCUUAAAAGACUGGUGUCUGUCAGUAGAGACCUCACUGUGUGCAGUGUUCCAGGUAACUGCUCAUCCUCGGACAGCACAAGGUAAUGCUGUGUGUCCUGAGAUGGCUGAAAUCAGACUGGUAACUUAUUAAGCUGUAAAUUAAUUAUUUUUUGUAAGCAUUUUGUCUAGGUUCUGAGUGUUUCUGUGUUUUUUCCUUCUCCCAUAGAGAUGGCUAAUCCAAAGCAGGUUUUCCACAUCCAGUGGACACAAAGACAUGCAGAUGAACACCACGCCUUUUAAUAUUCUUACUAUACAAAUAACUAUGCUUUUUUAAGAUUUUAAACACAUCUUGGACAUUUAAAAGACUAAAUAAAUACUAUUCUUGGAAAGAUUGCUUUUAUAGUAACAGCAAGCAUUUUCAUCUUAUAUUGCACUGUUCUGCAUGAUCUCACCUUUGUAGGCAUUGGUGGGAGCAGGAUUAGGACUAUGAGGAGUAGGAGCCAUUUAAGCCUAUUAUGUAAUUUCAUUUUCAGGGACCUAUUAUUUUGCUAAUGGAAGAAUGCUUUAAAAGUAAUAAUAAUAAUUUGUCAACAUUGCUUUUGAGGCAGGGCUCCAUUUUGUUUUUUAACUAACCUACGACCAAAAUGUUAUUACAUCUAUGACUCAGUAAGAAUGUACAAGCCUGUUAAUACUGUUCUUCAUUAAUCGCAUUUGUUCACUUAGUCUUUAUUUAUUGCUCCAUAAACCAGCAGAGUCACUCACAGCCAGUGUUUCAGCUCAGUCCUUCCAAAAAAAUCCAGAAAGAUUAGUAUGAGGUGGAUUAAGCAGGAUGCAUUUCCUAUGUGAAGCUACAGCUUUGUGCCCCAAUUCAGUGAAUGAGGAAGUCCCUUCAAAGCCAGAGAUUUGAACAUUUCCCAGGUGUGGGAGCUGUGCAGUGGACUGUGCUUGGUGACAACUGCUAGAGCAUGACCCCACGUGCCAUCCUGCACACACAUGGGGGCUGUGCUGGCAGGGAACAGCCCUGUGGGCUGAGGCAGCACACCUGUGAGAGCUCAGGGUGGACGGGGUGACCCAAGGUGACCCACAGCGCUCCAGCAUGUCCUUGUGAAGGAGCAGGACUCAAAAAAAGUCACUGUCAUCCUCACCCAUGAGCUGUGUCACUCAUUUUUGUUGUGCAAGUCCUGGGAUCAGGGAUGUUGGCUGCCUGGGAGCUCCUGCCUCGAGUUUAUGGCCAACAAUAGUUGCAAUGUGCAACUAUCACGAGCUUUAAGUCCUGCAGACAGGGGAGCACUCAUGGGGCUGUUAUGUGGCUGUAGUGGGGUCUGGCAGUCACCUGCUGGCUGCAGGGCACCCCCAGUGCCCAGGCUCAGCCUUUCCAGGAGCAAACAGUGCCUCCCCAGCUGGGAAUGCCAUUCCAGAAAGCAGCACCUCCUCCCAAAUGCCUGUGGCCAUGGCAGCAGAUUUCAUGCCGGCUGUUUUCCAAAACAUGAGCAAUUAGAGUACUUCUGCUACAUUAGUUUACAUAAAUAAAUACAGCCUCAGCAUUAACAGGCACAGAAUUUCUAGCCCUGGGAAUGGCAGUGUCUGGCAAUACAUAAUGUCCUAAGGAAAAGAAGGGAAAACCUGGACAGUGGUUUUAUCCUGUCUCACAAGUCAUUGCUCAGCUGAAAGAGGCCCUGUGCCAUCUGCCACCCUUAGCAAGGUAGGGUUGUUUUCCUGCCCUUGCAGAAGCUCUGUCACGACCUUCUGGCAUCUCCAAGCCAUGUAUUAUUGAAAUAAGAUUUCUUCAAAAUGCACAUUAUGCCAUGUCUACCAUUCAGCUACCACAGUAUUUUGUAUUGUUACAUUGAUACGUUAUGGUAAUUGCAUUUUUAAAUGUUAUACUCAUACCAAUACCUCAUAUUUUUACCUCAUCAGUUGGUAUCAGUCAUUAGUUGUAAAUAAAUAAUUUCAGAGUUGAAUAAAUUUGCAUACACUAAA